AGCUUCUUUUUUUCUUUUUCUUCUCUUCUUCAGUAAGAGUCGAAGAAGACAAACUUCAUCUCCUCAGUCAAGUCAAGUCAUCCCGCCUCAUCAAUUUUCCGUUCGACAACAUGCUUGGUUCAUCCAUCUUCGUCGCCCUCGCGGCCGCCGCCGGGGCCAUCGCCUCCCCUCUCGACCUCAUCACGCGGUCGACCCCCGCCGGCACGGGCACCAACAACGGCUUCUUCUACUCGUUCUGGACCGACGGCGCGGGCCAGGUGACGUACAACAACGGGCCCGGGGGCUCGUACGACGUGACGUGGUCCAACGUGGGCAACUUCGUGGCGGGCAAGGGAUGGAACCCCGGGGCGACGCGCGUCGUCACGUACAACGGCACGUGGAACGGCGCCAACGUCAACAGCUACCUGUCCGUGUACGGGUGGACGCGCAACCCGCUCAUCGAGUACUACGUCGUCGAGUCCUUCGGCACGUACAACCCGUCCAGCGGCGCGACGAAGCUGGGCUCCGUCGAGAGCGACGGCAGCGUCUACGACGUCUACCGCACCCAGCGCGUCAACCAGCCCUCUAUCGACGGCACCUCCACCUUCUACCAGUUCUGGUCCGUGCGCCAGCAGAAGCGCGUCGGCGGCUCGGUUACCCUCAAGAACCACUUCGACGCCUGGGGCAAGGCCGGUCUUCAGCUCGGGACGCACAACUACCAGAUCCUGGCUACCGAGGGCUACCAGAGCAGCGGUUCGGCUGCUAUUACCGUCGAGCAGUCCUAAGGGAUUUCGCUCGCCCGGCCUUUGAGAUUGGUUUUCUCGUCUGUGGCUGCGUAUGUAUUGAUUGGUAGGAUGGAAGGGAAGGGAUGAGCGCUGGGUUCGCGGACCGCGGCUUGCUUGUC